AUGAAUGAACUACCAUUUAGACAUCUGUUCCAAUAUACCUCUGGACCACGAACAUUUUCAGGAACGAUUGGCAAAGAUCUCGAGAACUGCGAAAAAAGACCUAUAAGCAAGUUUAAGCCUAUUCCAACGAGCUUACCGGAGCUUUCUGCUAAAGAUAUCAGUACUGACCAAAAAUACUUGUACAGAAUGGUUGAAGCAAUCUCAACCGGUGUAUUUCCUAGCGAUUUGGCUAAUAAAUCACCAGGUAAAAUGUCGCAUGCGAGGUGGCUGACUCGUGCGAACAGGAUCCUCCGUCUGUAUGUUUCUGUAGAGACUCCGCCUGAAAGUCUAACUAUUCUUGCAACGUAUGUUAUCAAGGUUUAUGCUCCGAUAUGGUUUUCUAUAAAAUCUCAUUCUAGCUGUAAAGAUGGAUCGCGACACUUUUUCAAACUCAUCGAGUUAUCCAGAUAUUUACCAGCAAAUUUGAAAUCUAUCGUCGAUCCAGUAAUUCAAAGAAACAGCUAUUUCGCACAUCCGGAAAACGUAUUGCUCGCAAUGUUAACAGACUCUCAGCCGCACAUUCGUGAAUUAGCUGCACGACGCAUUUUGAAAGCUAGAUCAGUAACAAUUAAAGAUUUGCGCAUUUUUAAGUUACCACAGAUUAACUUCAAUGCAUCAACGUAUUAUGAUCUUUUGAAUUGGCAAGAAGAUAUCUCUGAGCCACCAUUAUUGAAAUCUGUAACCGAAAAAUCUCCGAUUAUUUAUUGA